AUGGAUAAUGAGCAACAGUCAGUAAGUAGUGAUACUGAGUUAGAAAGUGGGACACAAAGUAAUGUUAGUGACGUAGUUCAGGAAGUACAAUGUGAAAAUCUGGGGGCAGAAGGGCAAGAAAUGUUGCCAUUGCCACCCAGUGAUUCAGUUGAUAGCGGAAAUACUGUGCCAUCCGCAAGCACUGGACACGGACCAGAGAGUGGUGAGGUGUCAGAAGUGCAAUCAUUAAGAGUUAUGUUCGAGCGCAUGCUCAAUUUCCAAGCUGAAUUUGUACGUGUGCAAGCAGAGCGUGAUAGAGAACGUGAUGCUAAACAAGCAGAGCGCGAUAGAGAACGUGAUGCUGAACAAGCAGAGCGUGACCAGAGAUUGGUAGCUGAAUUUGCAUGUAUGCAAGCAGAACGCGAUAAGGAACGUGAUGCUAAACAAGCAGAGCGCGAUAAAGAACGUGAUGCCAUACAAGCAGAGCGCGAUAGAGAACGUGAUGCUAAACAAGCAGAGCGUGACCGACGCCUGCAUGAGAGGGACUUGCAGUUGAUGCAAACUUUAGAAGUUAUGCAAAGUGAGAUUGUUAGUUUGAAACAAAAAUAUGAAACCAUACCCAAAACGGUGCAAGAAUUAAGCGAAAGAGUAGAUAGUGUUCAAGUGGCUAACGCCAAUAUCGUAGAGGAAAUUAGUGUCCUGACUAACAGAUUCGAGCAAUUGGAAAUUGACACAACUCAAGUAAUUGAGGGCAAAGUGAUCGAACAAGUGCACAAAGUAGAAUAUGAAGUCAUAAAAGAAAUAGAUCAGAAAGUGCACGCCGCAAUUGAGGCCAGAGAUGUGGGCUUAAGUGCGGAUGUGCAGGAUCUAAAAAAGAUAGUGCACAAAGACAUUCCGCUGUGGCAGCGGAGUGUGGACCGUCGUCUUGCCGAAAUGGAGCUUAGCUUGCGGCAUGACGAGGCACAGGCUGAUUCUGGUACUGGAAAUAUAUUACCCCUGCGAAACCCUUCUCCACCACAAAAAAUAAAAUUUUAUGUUGCUGUCGACUCAACAUCAUGCAUUAUAACGCUGCAAUUGGUUCACCUACAAGAAGAAAACAGUGAUAAAUUUACACAGUCGGUCAAAUGGUGGGGAAUCUGUGGAGCAGAGUCUCUGGUGCUGGCUGAGACAGAUGGCCCUCGCAGUCGGUGUGGAGAGCCCUCCAGGGCGGCCACCCCCGUGUCCCGCGCCGCCCCGCUGCAAGAACGCGGCGCCCCACGCCUCCCCCGCUGA